AUGGAAGAAAGAAACCCCUAAUCAAUUGGUUAUUCUAAUGGAAUAGCGUUAGCAACUGUGCAUGGAGGGAACGAACAAAAUAAAUUACUUCAUAAAAUAAGUGAAUCAAGUAGUCCCAUGAAGACUGAUUUUUAAAUAACUUAGAGCAAAGAAAUCUACACGGAUGAAGAAAUGAAAAACUUCACCAAGAGAGGAAUAAUCUCACUGGUGGGAGGAGUAAUUUUACAUUUAGAAUUGGGAACUUUCUAUGUUUGGGGCUCAAUAAGUCCUUAUGUCGCUGCUUGGAUGAGAGAAAAGGACAAAGAAGUGACUCUAAACUUUAUGGCAAUCAUCUUCCCAAUCCUAGGAGUAAUAACCAUGUCAGUUCUAUCCUUCGGUAUAAAAAUAGCUGAAAAAAUCGGAUUAAAAGUUACAAUAGGAAUAGGUUCAUUCACUAUUGCUCUUGCUUUUUUGAUAAUCUCUUUUAUCUAAGAAAUAGGAGGGUUUAUAGCAGUCUAUUGUAUAAUGGUUGGAAUAUCUGGGGGAUUACUAUAUAUGCUACCAAUUAUUUGUGGAUGGAGAUACUUUCCUAAUAGAAGAGGAUUAGUAUCAGGGAUGACAAUAGGUGGAUAUGGAUUUGGAUCAUUUAUCUUCAAUUUCGUAUGCAAAGCAAUAGCAAAUCCAAAUAAUCUAAAGCCUACAGUGGUGGAGGUGGAAGAUGGAAAAGAUGUGAAAUACUUUGACAAUGAAGUAGGAGACAAAGUGCCAUUGAUGUUGCAAGUCCUUGCUGCAAGUUAUCUUGGAUUGGGAAUUAUAGCUACGAUUAUGAUCAGGUAUCCAUCUGAAAUAGAUCCUGAUAAAAUGUUGGCUACAUUGGAAACUGAAGAAUUAAAGAAGAGAAAAGAAGGAGCUGAUGCACCUCCACCUCCAGUAUUACCAGCUCAUAAGGAAUGUGUUGAGAUUGGUCGAGGUAUGAGACAUCCAACUUUUAUAAUUCUCUAAUUGAUUGUGUUGAUGUCAUGUACAUUUGGUAUGUUGAUAUCUAAUUGCUACAAAUACUAUGGAUUAGAAUUGGGAAUAGAUGAUGCCACAUUAACAGCCACUGGUUCUGUUGCAGGAGUUAUGAAUGGAUCAUCUAGAUUCUUUUGGGCCACUCUAACAGAUAAGACUUCAUAUAAAUUCACAUUUACUCUAAUUUCAAUCCUCAAUCUGGUUACUACAUCCAUUCUCCCAUAUAAUAAGGAUGGUAUUGGCUAUCUUUUAUUGAUUGCUGUUGUCUACCUUGCUGAAGGAGGAUUGUUGGCUACCUAUCCUGUUAUUUGCGCUAAGAUAUAUGGUAAGAAGAUAGGAGGGUUGAUGUACGGGUUCAUGUUUUUCUUUGUUGGAGUCUCGAAUAUGAUUGGAUAUCUACUUUAUGCUUUUGCUAGGAAGAAGAUUAAAUGGGAGGGAGUGUUUUGGAUUUGCUUCGCAUUGAAUGUUAUUGGAAUCAUUUUGGGGUUGAUUCUUAAGGAAACGGGAUAUGAUUGGAGAGAUUAGGCAGUGAUCGAUGCGGAGAAGGAGAGAGAAUUAGAAAAUAAGGGAUAAUUAGCUGCAAAUCAAAAUUGA